AUGGGUAACGCUCCAAGUGAAAAUCCUUGCAACUUCACUCCCCAAGAAAUGAAGAGACUUUACAAGAGUUUCAAGAAGAUGGAUAAAGACUAGUCAGGAGAUUUAGAAAUCGAUGAAUUUUUAAGCUUACCAGAAUUGUCUUAAAAUCCUUUAGUUAGAAGAGUUGUAUCAAUUUUUGAUAAAAAUAAAGAUGGAACAAUUAGCUUUGAGGAAUUUGUAACUGGACUGAGUGCUUUGUACUCAGAUAACGAAAAUGCAAAAUUAGAAUUUGCUUUCAAAGUUUAUGAUAUCGAAGAUGAUGGCUAUAUCUCUAACGGUGAGCUAUUCUCUGUACUUAAGAUGAUGGUUGGAACUAAUCUUACAGAAAUUUAGCUUUAGCAAUUAGUAGAUAGAACUAUUAUUAAGGCAGAUGAAGACUUUGAUGGCAAAAUUUCAUUUGAAGAAUUUAAAAAAAUGGUUAAGGAUCUAGAUGUAGCUCAAAAGCUAACUCUUUCACCCAUAUGA